AGAACGCUGCUGGUCGCCCCCAAACAACGCACAGCGCAAAGAAGGAAAGCACGAUAGAAAAACCGUCUCAGUGGUUCGCAGAGAAAAUCGAACAAUUUGCAUGCUGUGUGGUUUUCGCGUACGCACACACAACAUUGGCCGCAUUUUCCCGUUCCCGUCCAGCGGCCACCUAAUCCAUCCGAAGCGAAAACCGGGUUGCGAUGAGCAGUUUGCCGGGACGGAGUCUGCAUCGUUGAACUGUGGUGUGUAAGCGUGUGCAGCGUGUGUAUCGAUCAACGCGGUUCGUUCAGCCGGCAAAACUGUGGACGGGCCGGGACCAGCAGCGAUUAUUUUGCACCUCGCAGCCACGCAUUCCACAACGGAAUCGGGUGUGAACGGAUAGUUUGUUUCCGCUGUGAAGUUGCCAUCGAUUGUCCAAAGCAGCAGCAUCAAAGGCAUCCGUGCACAGGGAUUCAAAACCGGGUCCGAAAAGCAGUAAGGCGGCAGCAGGCAACACCAGUAGAGGUGUGCCCACGAUUGUGAAGCACGAUUUGCUAAUUAACUCCCUGCUAACGUUAACGUUGUGCGUGCGACUAGUUUACCAUGAGUGACGCCUACCUGACCAAGGAGCAUCUGGCCGGGUUCGAUAAUUACAAGUACAAUGCUAAGGACACAUCACCGCUCAGUAUUUAUGUUAUGCAUCCGUUUUGGAACUGGCUCGUAGAGUACUUUCCAAAAUGGAUUGCACCGAACCUGAUGACGUUUGCCGGCUUCCUGUUCACGGUGGCCAACUUCGUGAUGCUCUCCUGGUACGAUUGGGGGUUUUGGGCGAGUACGGAGCUGGAAAACACGACACCGGUGCCGAACUGGUUCUGGGCGCUGGCGGCCGUAAACAUUUUCCUAGCCUACACGCUGGACGGUAUCGACGGCAAGCAGGCCAGAAGGAUAAAGCUGUCCGGGCCGCUCGGUGAGCUGUUCGACCACGGGCUUGACUCGUACUCGGCGUUCUUCAUUCCGGCCUGCCUGUACAGCAUAUUUGGACGUGGCCCUACGUCGGUACCACCGAUACGGAUGUACUACAUCAUGUGGACGAUAUUUUUCAACUUUUAUCUAUCGCAUUGGGAAAAGUACAACACGGGUGUACUGUACCUACCGUGGGGAUACGAUUUGGGCAUGUGGGGUUCCGUUUUGAUGUACCUAGCCACGUGGAUGUUUGGCUAUCAGCUGUGGAAGGUGGCACUGCCGUGGGGCCUUUCGGCUGGCCAGCUGAUGGAGCUGUGCUUGCACAUCAGCGCCAUGUCCAACCUGCCGAUGGUCGUGUACAAUAUGUACCGAUCGUACAAGGAUCGUACCGGCAAGAUGCGCACCAUGAAGGAAGCGAUGCGACCACUCUUCACGUACGGCAGCUUUAUGUUCGUCUGCUUGCUGUGGGUGUUUGUGUCGCCGAGCGACAUCAUGAACCGUGAUCCGCGAGCCGUGUACAUCAUGACGGGUACCAUUUUUAGUAACAUCAGUUGUCGGCUAAUUGUGUCGCAAAUGUCCAACACGACGGCAGAAACGUUCAACUGGAUGACGGGCGUUUUAUGUGCGGCCAUUGUGAUGAGCCUCACUAUGCCCCUGUUGGAAAGACCGAUACUGUAUCUGCUGGUGAUUGGAUCUUCCCUGGCACAUUGGCACUAUGGUUCCGGUGUGGUCCAGCAAAUGUGCACACAUUUCAAUCGACGCUGCUUCAUGGUUACGAAGCCGGAGGAAUCCAAAGAAUAGGAAACACUGCUGCACGCUGUCUAGCUCGAGCUUGAGUGUCCUCUGUGCGUGCCGCGUCAAUUGUUGUGGCCGUACCUCUUCUUCAAGCGUUGUUUUCGGGUGUCUACCGAAAUAUCGAGCAUUAUUUAAUUUAACGUUCCGUGUUUUGGAAGUCAGCGGACAUCACAUUGAGUUCGAAGCAAGCACGCUUUUCAGUACUUUUAUCAACACGUUUGAUGUGAAAAGUAGCUAGAACGGCUUCACGAUUUAAGAUGCUUUAGCGAGCGAGUGACCUGCACAAAGUUAGGUGUUCAGGUGAUUCUUUCGCAACCUUCUUGUAAUGGAAUUGUAACGCCAGGGAAAGUGAUACAGAGAGAGGGAGAGGGAGAAUCCCUUGGAGCAGUCAGUAUAAAUUGGCCUAUUAAUUCGCUUAGCGUCAAAAGGGGCAAUUCGACCAUAUCGAAUGAGGCAAGAGGGAGAGUCAAGUGAGAUAGCAAAAACAAAACAAAAAGGGUGGCAUCUGAAGGUGGACCGAUAUAUCAUGAUGGUAUUUAUCUUUCCCAUACCUACAUACCUCACAAUUUUACUACUUAUAAACUGUAACUGCUUCUAGCUAGUAUUCUGUCUCGACAUCACACACAAACUCAUCAGCAAAACGGACACGAAACAGGUGACUUCAUAGCAUAUGCUAGCACCUAGCCACACGGUCACCAUCCAAAGAAGUAAUUUAAUGUCUAACCUACGCUUCGCUCUUCCCGCUAUAUAUGCUCUCCGUUUCGAAACCCGUUGUAUGUGACAGUAACUACAUUUUACAUUAUCUAACCAGCUGCCGAUAGCUACAAUGCAUUUCUCUCUAUGUACAUAUUAGUGCCCGUGUAAGGAGAAAAAAGAACAAAAAUUACGUUAACAAAUUAUAAAAGAACGUAUGUGUGUAUGUAUGUGUGUCCCCACGGUUCAGGUGUUUUCCCCUGAUCGGGUGGGCUAAAAGCUAACUUAUAUCGCCAUAUCGCGACGAAUCAAAGAAUUAUGAAACACGCUAUGCCAGCAGGUGAUCGAGACGCGAUCGUACGCCAUCACUGCACGAUGGACAUACUUUUGUGCCGUGACAUAUUUGUAUAGGGUAUUUUGCAUGAUAGACGCGAUUUUUGCAUUUUAUAAUCGUGACAAUUCAUUCAGGAAAGCAGAACGAAAAAUAGUACCAGGCAAGCAACGUUUGUGACCGGUUCGGUGAGCAUAGUUUUUCCGCAAAAAGGAAGGUGGAAGAAACCGAGUGGGCAAGGAGUGCCGCCGCCUGCCUUGCAACUGCAAAAACGCAUUCGAGCGACAGGAAAGCAAUUUACGAUCGCGUUCUGUACACACAUGUUAACAGUUCCCCGGAAGGAAAACUAAACGACAAUAACGAGUAGAGGACGACAGCAAUCGAGUUCUAUCGUGCGUUAGAUUGAAAAGUUUUCUGCCCAUCCCCUUUCCCGGCAGCCCACUGCUACUUGUUAUGUUGAGAUUACCGUUAAAGUGAUCAAAGAUUCGGUAAGCCUGUGUUCGUAAGCCAUAACAAAGCGUAACAAAACGCCAUUUGUCCGGUUCAGGAGUAAUGCGCCACGUACACGUCGCUAUAUAAGAGUUAAGACGGUACCGAGAAAUAAAACAGUGAUGCAUGAAGAAACCAAACAAGCGCAAGUUCUCGAUUCCCGUAAGGUGCCGGCAGUAGGAUUAGUUACUGAGCAUUGCACUGAUGAUCCUUUUUUUUUGUUUCACAGCACCGAUACAUGCACCGCUCCUGUUCUCUCUAACAACCAGUGCCAUAUAUACAUAUUAUCCUAUACAGCUAUCUAUAUGAAUUUGAUGUAGUGUGAGGCGCAUCUUGGGUAUUGUUUCGUGUGAAAACGGAAAUGUAAUUUAUUAACUGUUCUUAUUAUAAUUAACCGUACGUUAUCGCUUCCUUUGUGCGAUAGCCGCACAUGGCACUACACCUUGUGCAGUGUAAAUGGAAAGAAGCAGGGUUACAGGAUACGAAAAGCUGUAACAAAUUCCAGUGUUAAGGGAAAGGGAUGGAUUGUAGAAAUUGAUACUCAAAGGAGACCAGUCAACACAGCUGCAGCUCACAAACAUGACAGAAGAACAUUGCAAUAAAUGAUUUGAAUGAAUGAAAGUAACGGCACGGGCAAACUGUAAGAAGGCUUCAAACUAAAUCACGUUUUGUAUUCCAACCAGCUUUGUUGAGUGCUAGAACAUUACCUAACCCUAUACAGCGGGCAGAUUUUUGUCAACUCAAACCAGUUUCUGUGUAUGUUUAUUGUCCAAUAUUGAAAGUCAAUAAAAGUGAACAAUUAUUUAAAACAAA